AUGUCACAAAACCAAAGAAAAGUGAGCCAACCUUUAGAUUUGCAUUCCUUCUCAAUCGUUAACAAGCAAUCAGAACCUAAAGAUACUACAGAAGGACAAGUCGACAAGGAUGAACAGAAUAGCAAUAAUGCAUUAGAGAAGAGAGCUACUGAUAAUUCAGAACACUCUCAUUCGCGGAACUCAAGUGAUAUAAAGUUGAAACCAAUUUCUCCCCGAAAAGCAGGGAUCCAACUGCCAUUGCCUUUACAGUCUACACCUGUGAAGAAUCAAAAACAUGAGAGAAUGGAUUCUAAUAAAGAAGAAAAUAUAAUAACGGACGAGACUUAUCAAGAGCUGCUAUACAAGUUAGCAACAAAAAAGAGGACAGUUACUGAAUUGAUAGAUCAUCUAAAGAAAGAAGAAAAGGAAUUAAGAAUAUUAGAGGAUGAAAUAUCACGUUAUGCAGAGAAGAAGGGAAUCCAUAAUCAAAACAAUAUAUUAGCAUCACCAAGAGGAAAAGGUAAUAAUGAAAUGAUUCAAUCCUGGGCAAAGCAGAUUCAUAGUGCUAUAGAUGAAGUAAAUAAUUCUCCAAAUGUCGUCAAUGGAAAGAAGAGCAUCUCUGAUUUCUUUUACAAACAACAAGAUAAUGAAGUUAAAUCUCGAAACUACAAGGUAGAAAAACCUUUCUUUAAGCAACUCGUAGAUAAGUUCUCAGAGUUUACCUUCAACGAAGAUGAUGAAGAAGAGUUCGAUAAAAGCAGGAAUUUAGAUGAAUAUUCCGUUAAUAAUAACUUCAACUAUGAAUAUGAUGAAUCAAAUAUUGAUGACGAAGAAGAACCAGAAGGAAUAUUAAAUAUUGGACUUCGCAAGCCAAGAGUGUCUAAACCGUUGACCAUCAAGAAAUAA